AUGAGGCAGCUGCGAGGAAAACCCAAAAAAGAGACCUCCAAGGAUAAAAAGGAGAGGAAACAGGCGAUGCAGGAGGCCCGGCAACAGAUCACCACCGUCGUGCUGCCCACGCUGGCGGUUGUAGUACUGCUGAUUGUUGUGUUCGUUUAUGUAGCCACUCGCCCAAACACGACAGAGUGA